UCGAAUCUGUCCAGUGAUACAGUGAUUAUUGGUGGUGAUGGGGCGCUAGUCUGUCGCUAUAUUAUAUCAAAGUUAGCUUAGGUCGUAAUACAUUGUGGAAGAUUCCGUGAUCAGUGGAAUAAGAUGAAUCAGUAUGAUAUCAACUAAGAUGACCACUGGAGAAGAAUCAAAAAUUUGGCCUCAAUUGAUUGCUGCAUCUGCGAUUCAUGUACUCUCCGUCGUAGCCGGCCUAGUGGGUGGAUGGACUUCUCCAUAUUUGGCAAAAUUGACGAAGGGCACUGAAUCAUUGACCAUCACCAACGACGAAGCGUCAUGGAUAGCCUCAUUAUCUCACUCGUCUCAACCACUGGGUUCAAUCAUUGGAGCAGUGAUAGUCUACAAAUUUGGAGCCAAAAAGGCAGUACUUCUUAGCGGAGUACCGUAUGCUCUCGUGUGGUCAUGCUUCUUGAUUAACGAGUCCGUUCUCUUGAUCUACGCAUCAAAGUUAUUCAGUGGCGUUGGUUUUGGAAUAUAUGUCGCUAGUUAUCCACUUUAUAUCGGGGAAAUUGGGAACCCAAAGAUCAGGGGUACUCUCAUUGGUCUCAUAGCUGAAGGGAAAGCCAUAGGCGUCCUAUUGGGAAAUUUGUUGGGUGCAUACGUGAACAUGAGGAUCUUCGCAAUUAUAAGUCUCAUAUUGACGGCCAUUUUUUUGGUUACUUUUCCCUUCUUUCCGGAUAGUUCACACCACCUAGUUAAGAGGAAUCUACUGGAAGGGGCAGAAGAAUCAUUGAAGUGGUACAAUCGCCAGAAAGAUGUCAGAGUUGAGCUGGAGUCAUUGAGAGUAUAUAUAGAAGAAUCACGAGUAUUAUCACUCAUCGAGUCAUUUAGGACCUUAUCAACACCACUGAAUCACAAAAUUUUGUUCAACAUCGUCUCAAUUCAUAUCUUCAUGCAACUCAGUGGCAUCUACACAAUCAUGUUGUACCUGGAAAUACUUUUAACGAGUCUCAAAGUUGACGUCAUAGCUCCUUCUCUGGUGGUGAUAUGUGUAGCUAUAGUUUCAAUUCCCUCCGGUCUUAUAUCGAUGUACACAAAUGAUCAUUUUGGAAGACGAACUAUGCUGGCAGUUUCAACUCUCGGGGUUUGUGUUAACUUUGCUCUGAUCGGUGUCAAUUUUCUUUUACUCAAACAGGGUUAUCAUAAUCUGACACUUCAGUGGCUUAUGAUCACUGAAGUCAUGCUGUAUAUGAUCUUUCUUCAUCUUGGUCUCACCCAUAUUCCUAGUUGUCUCCUGGGGGAAAUUUUCUCACCAGAACUGAAAGAGAUUUGUUCAUGCAUAGUACAUAUUCUAUACGCUUUUGCUGCAUUUAUUGGAAGCAGAACCUAUCAGCCUCUGUUGGAUGCAACAUCCGAGGAAUUCAUAUUCUUCUUGUAUGCUUUCCUCGUACUUUUCAUGUUUUUCUAUACAAGGGCAGUAGUUCCAGAAACCAAGGGCAAGUCACUCCAAGAGAUUCAAGAGAUGUUGAGGAAGAAAAGUGAGUGGGUAUUGAACAUUCAAAAUGAACAACCUACUGAAAGCACCUAUUGUUGACCCAUGUCGUGGAUUGCAAUUUAAUCAUGAUUGGAUGUAAUCUAUAAAAAAUUCAAAAAAUUGAAAA